UCCAGUGGAGUCCUCGCUUCAAGCAAAUCAGUCUUCGGAAUCCGCCCACAAAAACCUCCCAUAUUUUCCGGCAUUCUCUGUUUUUAGGCUUAGCUCUGGCUGGCACUAAUCUGGCAUUCCCAAAACGGGAGGUGUGUUGCGAAGAAGAUUGGCUGAGUGUUUCAUCAGCCAUGAAUGUAAAGCAACACGUCCCUUUACCGCCCCCGAUUAAUACGGGGACGGGGACUUGUUUUCCUGGUCGGUAUUCACCAACCUAUCGAAGUGCGGAUCCAAUGCGGAGACACUGUAUGGGAAACCCAGGGGGCAACCUUUUCCCUGCAUUUGAUGAUGGCUUAGUUGGGAGACCGGACAGCCUUACGAUGGACAUUGGGAAACAUGGUCCGACAGGAGGUCCAAGUUUGCACAUCAAACAUGAUAUGAUGUACGCUCAUCAUCCGGGUAUGGGACCCGGUCAUGCAGCAGCCAACACACGUCCCCAUCACAGUCAAAUGGUUCACUCCGGAAUGGACGCUAUGGACUUGCUAGACCCUAUUUGUCCUUCUUCUCUCCCUCCGCUUUCCAUGCCAACAGAAAGCAGUGCUGUUAGUUCUCAUCCUCAACUUCAUGGACCUAUAUAUUCUCAUGGCAUGAAUACCAUGAUGGCCACUCACCAUCAUCCACUAGCUCCACAUCCUUCCAUGGGUAUGCACGACGCAGAUACCGAUCCCAGAGAGCUCGAAGCAUUUGCUGAACGAUUCAAACAGCGACGUAUAAAACUAGGCGUCACACAAGCAGACGUAGGAAAAGCUCUCGCCAACCUCAAGCUUCCAGGGGUCGGUUCCCUUUCUCAGAGCACAAUCUGUAGGUUCGAGUCUCUCACACUAUCCCAUAACAACAUGGUUGCCCUAAAGCCUAUCUUGCAAGCUUGGCUCGAGGCCGCUGAGGCACAAGCAAAAAACAAAAGGCGAGAGCCUGAUGGUCCAAGUGUGUUGCCUAGUGGUGAAAAGAAGCGUAAGAGAACGUCCAUAGCCGCUCCAGAAAAACGAUCCCUUGAAGCAUAUUUUGCAGUACAACCAAGACCUUCAGGGGAAAAAAUAGCCGCAAUAGCGGAGAAACUGGACCUCAAGAAAAAUGUUGUCAGAGUUUGGUUCUGCAAUCAAAGACAAAAACAGAAACGAAUGAAGUAUUCCGCUCAGCAGCAUUAGCAAUGAAUGGUACAAUUAAGCCAUAACAACAGCUUUUAGAUCUGUGACAAAAUCGCAUCGAUCGUGGUUUUUACCUAGACUUGUGCUUUUCAAAGAGGUUUAGGUGAGAAAUGGAGUUGUUCAGUUUCACAUUUUGUGCGUUAUUCGCGAACUUCCACGUGGUUUUCACAUGUUUUCAUAUAUAAUAAUCAAUUCUCACAGUUUGUGUCCAGGUAGAUACAUUAUGUAAAUUAUAACCAAAUUUAGACAUACUUUAAAAUUCUUUCUAUAUUUUUUUGGCAUGUCUAUAUUGUUUAUAAUUCCUUUCGAAAAAUUUUAUGCCAUCCACAUCCGCUAUGCUCUCUAAUAAGGUUUCAACAAUAAAGUAAAUGUUAAUAAAAGACAUGCCGUAAUUGGAUAAAAAAUUAAUUGCUGUUUGAAGCUUUUAUAAUUCUAAAUAACAAACAAAAAUUAAGAAAUCAUGGUAGCAUAUAAGUAGUUGGCAUUAUACCUGUAAUAUAGCUAACAUAAAAUUUUCUAUACAAUUGUUUUUAAGAUAUUAAAUAUUUUUGUUGACCAUAAACUAUUUCAUGAACGUCUGACAGUGCCCAUGAAAGUCUUAUAUACGCUAUGAAUGUAUGAAAUCAUAUUGAAACACAAUUUUUGUUAUACUGUUUGUUAAGUGGUAAGAUUGACAUAUGGUGCAUAAAACAAUGGAUAUCGACCUUAAAUAUAUUUAUGAAAAAUCUAAGAGUUUGUCAUUACUUUAAGGAAAUAAUAUUUAUGAGCAUAAGAAAAGCAAAAAAGAAAAAAUAAUGUUAAAAUUUCGUUUCCAAAUGCAAAAAUAAUGCGCGAUUAUAUUUUUAAUAUAUAUUUAAAACUAUAUAUUAUUUACUUUAUUCCUCGUUGAUUAUGUUUCAAGUAUUUAGCAUCUAGUUUAUUUAGGUCCAUAUCCAUUACAUUAUUAAAUAAAACAUUUAAAUUUUAUUCUUAAAAUGCUUUAUAUUUUGUUUCUUUUACUGAAAAUCCAUAACUCUGUGAGAAGAAAGUCUAUAUAACAUAUUGUAAAUGUCGCGAACAUUAUAUCAUUUAUGUACGUUCCAUAUUUGUUUGUUUAUUGACAUUUUUAUGUACAUAGGCUAUGAACUGUAAAUAAUUAAGUCCAAUAUUAAUAAUAUA